AUGUCCCGCGAAGAGGGUGGACAGGCGAGGCAGGAGCAGGUUGACGAUGAUGUGAAUCGCGAGGUGCAGAGUGUGAGUGAGCAAGUGAAGUGUAUGAGGAUAGAGAUUCCUAAUCUCGUGGAGGCGCCGCAGCAGCGAAGAUAUAGCCAGGACUCGGCUCUGACUGUUCCGCGGAGUGGCGGCGGUGAGAGAUCACAAUGUGAUCCCUUUCCCUUUCUGCGCCACAGCUCUGACAACAUCCGGCACAUGGCGCUGUUGGAGAGCGGCGUGAGGCAAGACUGCGGACGAUCUCUGAAGCGCUCGUGGCACGAGGAGCACCGCAAUCGCGAUCUGGACGACAUCGUGGAGUCUCCUCUGACAAAGACGCCCGCCGAUGACUGGCCACUGAGCAAUCAACAGCAGCGCUCGAUGCUCAGUCAGUUGAACAUCGAUGCACCCUUCGAGAAGAGUGACGCUUUCGGGCCGCGCGUCAACCUGGAGAACAUCCCGGGCACGCCAAUGGAGCCCGCCGAUGGCAUGGGCUCCGACUAUAGCCAGCGAACGAGUGUAAUUGUGAAUGAGGUGAGCGAGCAGAGGCGGAGAUCUCUGGGACACAUUCAGUUCCCAUCAAUGAAUGACUCUAUGGCGGAGAAUCACGUGAAUGGCAACAAUAACGCGACCCACCAACACGAAGGAGCUGCCAAAGUCACGCAACAGAAUAGCAAAGGAGGUGACCAGACUGAUACAAGGCGGUCCAGUAAGCAAAACAAGGAUGGCCUCGAUCCGGAGUCCCUCAUGUUCCGCGACGGCCGCAGGAAGAUCGACAUGGUGCUGUGCUACGAGGAGGAGAGCGAGGGUGUGAUGACAGAGCUCGAAGCGCGCCGACGGGAGCAGAGACGCGUCUUCCAGGAGAAUCUCAUCAAGGAGGGCCUAGAACUUGAGUUGGAGGACAAGAGCCAGGCCUUCGAUGAGAAGACAUAUUUCCUCAAGGUGCACAUCCCAUGGCGCACGGAGUCUCGUUAUGCCGAAGUCAUGAAUCUCAAACUGCCAGUGAAGCGCUUCAUCACCAUCAGUGUGAAGGCGUGGGACGAGGAUCGGGCGGCGAACAAGAAGCCCACGUGGUGGCGAAAGUAUCUACAGAAGUUUAGGGAGCUAAUGGAGUACGAUUACUCGCUGAUCGACAAGGAGCCCUCAUUCUACGAUGCCACGGCCGGAGGAACUCCGGAAGAACAAUUUAUCGUUAAGGAUCGCGCCACAACAUACACUAGUGCACAAAGGAGUGCAAUAGUGAUGCAAAUUCUCAUGAGAACACGUUAUGAUGACACAGAAAAGAUGGGCAUUCGUCGCCUUCUGAACGACGGCACAUACUUGGCGUGCUUCCCUCUUCACGAGGGCCGCUAUGACAAGCCCCACUCCAGCGGAGUCAUCUUCGAUCGCCGGCUGCUGUAUCUGGAGUGGGCGCGUCCCGGAAAGUGGUACAAGCGACAACCUCUGUGUCUCGUGCGAAAGUACUUCGGGGAUAAGAUUGCGCUGUACUUCUGCUGGCUGGGCUUCUACACUGAGAUGCUGGUCUAUCCCGCCGUCGUUGGCACUCUCUGUUUCCUAUAUGGACUGGCGUCCAUGAAUUCAGAGUACAAUACGCCCAGCAAGGAAAUCUGUGAUCUCAAUGGCGCCGGGAACAUCACUCUCUGUCCGCUGUGCGACAAGGCCUGCAGCUAUCAGCACCUGUCUGAGUCGUGCCUCUUUGCGCGCAUGACGUACCUGUUCGACAAUCCGGCCACAGUCUUUUUCGCCAUCUUCAUGUCCUUUUGGGCCACGACCUUCCUGGAAAUGUGGAAGCGAAAGCAGUCGGUGAUAAUCUGGGAGUGGGACUUGCAGGACACGGAGAACGACGAGGAGAAUCGACCGGAAUUCGAGGCGUCUGUGAAAACAUUCCGCACGAAUCCCGUGACGCGCGAAAAGGAGCCCUACAUGCCAACCACCACGCGCGCUCUGCGCUUCAUCAUCACCGGAAGUGCCGUGCUGUUCAUGGUGUCAAUCGUCCUGUGCGCCGUGCUCGGCACGAUAAUCUAUCGCAUUUCGUUGGUGGCGGUGAUAUACAGCGGCGGAGGGAGCUUCUUGCGCACCCACGCCAAAAUUUUCACCACUAUGACCGCCGCCCUCAUCAAUUUGGUCAUCAUCAUGAUACUCACGCGGAUAUACCAUAAAUUGGCCAUCUACCUGACCAAUUUGGAGAAUCCCAGAACAACCACCGAAUACGAGGAUUCAUACACAUUCAAGAUCUUCUUCUUCGAAUUUAUGAACUUCUACAGUUCCCUCAUCUACAUUGCCUUCUUCAAGGGCCGCUUCUUCGACUAUCCCGGCGACGAUGUGGUGCGGAAAAGUGAAUUCCUGCGCCUCAAGGGGGACAUUUGUGACCCCGCGGGCUGCCUCAGCGAGCUCUGCAUCCAAUUGGCCAUCAUAAUGGUGGGAAAGCAGUGCUGGAACAACUUCAUGGAAUACCUCUUUCCGAAAUUCUGGAAUUGGUGGCGUCAGAGGCAACACAAGGCUAUGACCAAGGAUGAGACGCAUCUGCACAUGUCCUGGGAGCAGGACUAUCACCUGCAGGAUCCCGGCCGCUUAGCGCUCUUCGAUGAGUACCUGGAGAUGAUUCUUCAGUAUGGCUUCGUGACACUGUUUGUGGCUGCCUUUCCUCUGGCGCCACUAUUCGCCCUGCUGAACAACGUGGCUGAGAUUCGCCUGGACGCGUACAAGAUGGUGUGCCAGGCCCGCAGACCACUGGCAGAGAGAGUGGAGGACAUCGGCGCGUGGUACGGCAUCCUGAAGAUCAUCACCUAUGCCGCAGUUGUGUCGAAUGCCUUCGUCAUUGCCUACACUUCGGACUUUAUCCCGCGCAUGGUGUAUAAGUUCGUCUACUCGGACCAUCACAACCUCGUUGGCUACAUCGAUCACUCGCUGUCCAUCUUCAACACGUCAGACUACAAGGAGGAGUGGGGUGCCACGGCCCUGGAAUCCGAUCCGGACACCUGCCAGUACCGCGGAUACCGGAAUGGACCGCAAGAUCCGCACGAUCCGUACGGACUCAGUCCGCAGUACUGGCACGUGUUUGCGGCUCGGUUGGCCUUUGUCGUGAUCUUCGAGCACAUCGUGUUCGUCCUCACGGGCAUCAUGCAGUUCAUCAUCCCAGACGUACCCAGUGAGGUGAGGACGCAGAUGCAGCGCGAGCAGAUGCUGGCCAAGGAGGCCAAAUACCAACACGGACUGAAGAAGUCCAGGGACAACGACUACGAGGACCUCAUCCAAGCGCUCAGGGAUCAGAACACGUCCAGUCGAACGGGAUUAGGGCUGCGCGGAAGCUGGGCAAGACGUCUGAGUCGCCUCAGUGAUGGCGUCGAUGCUCAUGUGGAAGUCCCAACGAAAGCGCGGCGCUCCAUGGAGUCCACAGUGUGGGAGGUGACGUAGCAGAAAGCCCUCGGUGUUGUCAUCUGAAGAAACUCUCAAGACUCUCUAUGUGCUCUUUAAAUUUUAUUCAAGUUACAAAGUGUAGAUUGCAUAUAGUUACAUGUUCGCACUAAGACAA